GCUGUGGAGCGAUAAAUUUUCAUAAGGCGCGUGGAAUUUCUGACUUUUGAAACGAUGCCGAUCGAACGUAUCGACGAGACGCACCUUCUCGUAUUCCGCGCUGCGAUUGGUCGACGCCGUGGCAAAACAACUAAACACGUUCUUUUGCAUAAUGACGAUUUCGUUGUUAUUACGUACGACCCGACCAUGUUGUUCUCGUAUAAAAGAAUGAAGCAAUGGGAAAAAAGUUGUAUUCAGUGAUCGAGGAACGUGGCGCGAUGAAAGACGAGUUCAAGUAUUUGACAGGAUUCGGCAACGAAUUCUCCAGCGAGGACGAACGUUGCCCCGGUGCCCUACCGAUCGGUCAGAACAAUCCUCAACAAUGUCCGUACGGUCUGUACGCGGAACAGCUGUCCGGCACGUCGUUUACGGCUCCUCGCUCUCGAAACAGACGCUCGUGGUUGUAUCGAAUCAAACCGUCGGUCGUCCAUAAACCCUUCACACCGGUUGACAGCGCUCCUCGUCUCGACUACAGAUGGGACGCUGUAAAUCCAACGCCGAAUCAGCUGCGAUGGAAACCCUUUGACGUGCCGACCAGACAAGCCGCAGAGAUAGAUUUCGUGGAAGGUUUGCACACGCUAUGCGGCGCGGGAGACGCUCGCGUUCGCCAAGGUAUCGCGAUCCACGUGUAUCUCUGCAAUGCCUCCAUGAAGAACAAGGCCUUCUACAAUUCCGACGGAGAUCUUCUAAUUGUGCCUCAGCUAGGCGCGUUACUCAUAACCACGGAGUUUGGCAAGAUCCGUUGCGAGCCGAACGAGAUAUGCGUGAUCCAGCAAGGUAUGCGGUUCAACGUUGCUGUGUUCGGUCCAUCUCGAGGAUACAUCUUAGAGGUGUACGACGAUCACUUUCAAUUGCCCGAAUUGGGGCCGAUAGGAGCGAAUGGCCUGGCGAACCCACGGGAUUUUCAAACGCCUGUAGCGUGGUACGAGGAUCGUGAAAUCGAUUACGAGAUCGUGUGCAAGUAUCACGGUAAGCUGUUUGUAGCCGAGCAAGACCACAGUCCGUUCGACGUGGUAGCUUGGCAUGGAAAUUACGUUCCGUUCAAAUACGACCUCGACAAAUUCAUGGUCGUUAAUACGGUUUCCUUUGAUCAUUGUGAUCCUUCUAUUUUCACGGUCCUGACGUGCCCCUCCGGCAAGAUCGGUACAGCAGCAGCCGAUUUUGUAAUAUUCCCACCUCGAUGGUCCGUGCAGGAGCACACUUUUCGGCCUCCUUAUUAUCAUCGAAAUUGUAUGAGCGAAUUCAUGGGCCUGAUAAAGGGACGAUACGAAGCUAAGGAGGAAAGUUUCCAUCCAGGCGGAGCGUCGUUGCAUUCCAUUAUGACGCCACAUGGACCGGAUUCGUCUUGUUUCGAAACUGCUUCAAACAGCAAGUUGAAACCUGAACGCGUCGCCGAUGGAACACAAGCUUUCAUGUUUGAAACGUCGUAUAGUUUGGCGAUAACCGAAUGGGCUGCAAAUCUUUCCAACAAACUGGACAACGAUUAUUACAAAUGCUGGCAAUCUCUUAAAAAACAUUUCGUUUCGAAUGCUUCUUAAUACAUUUUUACAUUUUGCAUUUUUAUAUUUUGUAGGAAAGAUAGAAGCGAUAAGGAUACACGAUUAUAAAUAAUUAUAGGAGUACAUAAUUUGACUUCUGUUUUGUUCGUAAUAAUUACUACUUCUGUUACUACGUACCUUAACACGAUGACUGUAAAAAUUACAUAUCAUAGCGUAGUAUAUUUCGAUCUUUUGCAGCUCUCAGAACAAAAUAAAUGAAAUCCACGUGCCAGUCAACGUGUUAAUCAUCUUUUUCUGAUUCAUUUUUUAUGGAAUUAUACGACAAGAGACGAUGAGUCACAAACGAAUCUUCGUUCUUUGCUUCUCAAGUACUUUUUCUUGUAAUUAAGGAUAAGUGGUUCGUUUGUUACGAGCUUAUCACGAAUAACUUGACACAUUUAUCAUCUGUGUUAAGAAACAUGUGAGGUUGCGCUAUUUUUCGGUAGAGUGCGUGUUUAAAGUCAAACACGUAGGAAGCGUGCUCGUUAGUUUACAUUGUGCAAAAAUCGUAGUUCUCGAGAAAAUGUAAAUCGUUGUGAUUGAAUGUAAUGUGUUAUCGUGAAAAUAUAGAAAGUUGCGACAAUCGUUGAUGUCGGAUGUAACGUAAAUAUGUUUACUUCGAUCAAAUUUUUUAAUAGAUGUGGUUAAUUCGUAACUUUAACCUUACAAUGCGGAGACUUGUCAAUCUUGCGAUGCUUCUUUGUUACUUGAGCAGAAGCGUCGCAGCUAUGUAUUGUUAUCCAGACUACUGUCAGAACGUG